AUGGUUGCCAUGACUACCAAUAACCAGUAUAUGCUGUAUUACAUAUGUGCAAUGCACACGUAUUGGUUUAUCUCAGUCUAUGUGUUCAUGCGUGUUUUGUCAUCCUGGAACGAGCAACCAAAACGAAUGGCCCUCAAGUUUUUUGCGUAUUUCAUUUUCAAUGCGUUGAUAUUUGACGUACCUCAUGUUGCUGAUACCGUGUUUCUACCAUUUUGGCCGGUACUCUCCUACAAAGACUCACUUCACGAAUGGAAGUUCCGAGCUGGAUUGGACCACUACGCAACGCUCGUUGGAAUGUUAUGCGCAUAUAAUUACCCUCAUUUUGAGAGGUUUAUCAAGUACAUUGAUCAGAAGCAUAUAGAUCCACGUGAUUUUAAGAUAACGGUUGCAAUCAAAGUGAUGACUGUGGGCGUAUUGUGCAUGCUUAUCCUUGUCUGGUACGAUGCUCUUAUGUUUCGAGAUAAAUUUGAAUACAAUCUCUACCAUCCAUACACUUCAUGGUUCCCAAUCAUCUCAUUUAUUUUUGUGCGUAAUAUCUUUCCAGUGUUUCGCACACAUCACAUUGGGUUAUUCGCUUGGUUGGGAAAGGUCACUCUUGAAACGUAUAUAUCACAAUUACACAUCUACAUGCAGUAUAACGCAACUAAGACCAUAGUUUACAUCGCAGGGUAUCCUUUAAUGAAUUUUGUAGUUGCCAGUUUGAUUUAUCUGUUUGUAUCCCACCAGUUGUUUAAAUUAACUACUGAGUUUAGUGCUUACCUUCUACCAAAAGAUAUGAAGAAGGUGAUGUGUAACUUUAUUGGUGUGGUUUUAGUAUUUGCUCUCUAUUUUUGUCUUGCUUUCCUUCUUCGGGAUUCUGGUGUGUUAUAG